AUGUCUGACAGUCUUGCGCAUGCGCACCAAACAUUCCUCUUAGAAGGGCCCUAUUCAGGGGGGUUUUGGAAGGAGGAAAGGAAGGGAAAAUGGGGAAUGUGCCCACACUACAGAUAUAAAACACUUUGGCACCGCUUUAACCGUCAUGUCUCCAUGCUCUGGAAUCCUGGGAUUUGUAGUUUGGUCAGGCACCAGAGCCCUUUGACAGGGAAAGUUUAUAUCCCACUUUGAGGACUGCUUUAACUGCAGUCUGGAUUUGUGCUGGGGGUUUCUGGGAACUGUAGUUCUGUGAACUACAUUGAGCCUUCUCUGGUGGGGCCACAAUAAACUACAAUCCCCAGGAUUCCUUAACACUGAGCCAGGGCAUUAUUAUUAUUAUUAUACCGGUUUCAAACUGGGUUAUUCCUGCAGUGUGUUUGGGACCGCAUUAGGACGGAGAAUGGCUGAGACUGUGAGGGAACUACAAUUCCCGGCAUGCUCUGCGCCACUCUGCGCAUGCGCGUCGGGCCUGCUUCUGGCAGAGAACGGGAAGCGCUCUAGACUCGCGAAGAGAUAGAGAGGAAAAGCGGAAACAGGGAGGGGCGGGGUUCCAGCGCUGAGUGGGUACUUCCGGUUGCCUCCCUCGUCGGAAGCGCAGCAUCAUGCGGGAGGGCUUCUUGGGCCGCUCCGGGGCAGCGGCUAGGCCCGCUGGGUACGCCUUGGUCCCAAUGGAUGCAGUGGCAGGAAUGGAAGUUGGAGCUGAAAUUGAAGUGACCGAAGAUGGGACGCUGGAGGAGUUGCCUUUGCAUUUGGAAAAUGCCAAAAAUUACCUUUCCUGGGAAUCCCUAGAUGUCUCCAGCAGUGAUGAUGAUGGAGAGGAAUAUUUAAGCUUCUACUUGCCUGCUAGACGCCCGCCCCGGGCUGUACAGCGACCACCAGUUCGACGCCCGCAGGCUCAGCGCAUGCCAACUCAGCGGCCAGCAGCCCCUCCCUCUGCCAUGAAGUCUCCAGCUUGCGAGAACCGACUCCCACCCAGGUACCCCUGCCCAUUGCGCCCAAGCAUUCCAUCAUCUCCAGGGAUCCCAGCAUUUGAUGCUUAUCAGUGCCAGAAGUGCCUCCAGGUGUUCAUGGAAGAGUGGCACUAUGCCCAACACCUCCAGGACCAUGCUCAGGAGGAGUCACAGCAGCAGGAGGCAAUGGCACAGCAGCAGCAACAAGAACAACAGCGGCGGCGGCAGCUCUGGCCUCGGCCCCACUCGCCACCCCGCAAGCUGCGCUGCUUGGAGUGUGGCAAGCGGUUUCUUCACCCUGAACAUUUUGCCCGCCACACCAAGUGGCACCUGAAGUUAGUGCGCAAAGGCAUCAAAGUCUGCCACAGAAAGGGAAGCAGGCGCUCCUCUCAGGUCUCCUAUUUUUACAAGGCCCUCAACGAAAGCCCAUUGGGAGGAGGGAUGGAUGUUUCUGGCAUCCCAGUUGCCCAAGAGACUCUGAGGCAGCCAAAGGGCCUCCAGCCAGACAAGCCUUUGAAAGCCAGCCGACGGAAGGCACUCCGGCACCAUAAAAAAUUGGCCACCGAGGGUACACAGUCUGAAGGCCUGCUCACUUCCACCUGUCCGGGAAAUUCAGUUGCCAUCCUGGACGGGGAAGGUGGUGUCAAUCUCUUGCAGCCAUGGCAGAAGCAAGAAGCCGUUUUGGAAGGUCAGGUGGCAGGGGCGAUCUACCAGCCAGCGGUCCUGAAUGCUGAAAAUCAGAUCAUCAUCCUGGAUGAUGCCGGGUCAGAGGCUGUGCCUGUUGUGCCAGAUCAUCACUACACUGAAGUUCAAGCCACUGUCUUUGACAGCGAGGGGAACGUAAAUGAGGUGAGGCCCCUCUUCCUCCAGGCUGAAGAACAAGCAGCUCUCCUGGACAGCCAAGCAGGAUUGAAUUCCCAGACAGUGGUUGGAGCUGACUGGGCAGGCCAGAAUCCUUGCGCCCUUUUUAGGACUGUGCUCCUACAGACUGAGGAGCAAACAGCCACUGUGGACAGCCAAGUGGAGUCCAGUCCCCUUCAACAGGUGAUCAUUAAGACCUCGGAUGGGUCACCCACUUUUUACUUGGACCAAGAGUCUCACUUGUCUUCUCUGGACUCAGCAACUCUCCAUUUUGUCCCGUUGCACCAAGAAUCUCAGUUUGUAACAGUUCCAUAUGGAAACACAUUGACCUUGGACCACGCAGAGCCAACAGAUGAAGGAGAGAAGAAUUGGGAAACCCAAACAACAACUUUUCAAUUGCCAGGUUACCUUCCAAACUCGCCCCAGCAAAACAAGCAGCUGUCUCCUAGUGCAAACACUGGCCUUUCACCUAAAGGUUCCCAGAUUGUCCGCUUGGCACCUGGUACCUCCGAGGACCGUCCUGAAGUCUUAGACCUGGAAUAUGAUACAGGGGGUGGCAUUCCUGUAGCCUCCGAGCCUUGGGAGCCCCACAUGCAAAGUGGGCAAGAAGCCUAUCACACUGAGGAGGUGACAGAGAAUGUCAUUGUUGUGGAGAUAGAGGGGGAUUCGUGUGGCCAAAAGUCAAAAGUGGACCUCCCGUGCAAAAGCUCCCGCAGGCGAGCCUUCCAUAGAACUAGAAAACCAACCAUUAAAAAACGUCUUGGACGCUUUAAGUGUCCUGACUGUGGCGUGCGCUAUAGCCGGAUGUGCCAGCUCCGCUCCCACCAGAAAGGGCCCAAGCGUCGGGGGCGGAGUUACCUGUGUGAAUGCGGGGCUUUGUUCCGUGGCCUAUUGCAUCUCCUGCGUCACCAGCUCCAACACCUGGAGGAAGCCCUCUUUAUCUGUUCAACCUGUGGGAAGUCCCUUCAAGGACACAGACGUCUAGCAAAACAUGGAACCUGCAGGCCUGACCCAGCCCGUUUUAGCUGCUCUUGUGGAAUCAGCUUCCAACGCUUGCCCCGUUACCUCUGGCAUCAUGUGAGGAGCCAGAAGCCUGGCUUGAGGGUUUACACCCUCUCGGGCUUCCUCUCUUCAGCUUGAAACAGGACAACUGUCAUGGGGAUCUGGGUUAAGGGGGAGGGAAAAUUGGAGCCUCUUGACUGGAGGUCUGAUUUUGAAGAGGGGGUGGGACAUGAGAAUGUGAGGCCUUUUUCUUCUGGGGAGGAUUUAGUCAGAAAUGGUUUACUGGUUGUGAAGCAUAAGUGUUGGGAUGUAUGUUUUGGUUUGGUUUGGUUUUUCCAGUGUUGAUGAUUAUGAUAAUUAAACAUUGAAGAUACUGA